AAUAGCUGUUGCGAAUUUGCAUACAUCGCACCAUGACCUAGGAAUAAAAGAGUGUUGUCUUCAUCUUCUUCUUCUCAUUUCAUCCUGCUCGUCAUUCGCUAUUUGUGGAUGCUUAAACAUUUCAUAAGUCAGCUCAAGUAGAUACACCUUGUUGCCGCCCCAAGGACUCUCCAUGAGGUUCAGGUGUUUGACGAUGCCAGCCGCGGUCCGUGGGGAUCCCUAGAACUCAUCUAGAAACUCCACGUCAGAACAAAGCUGGCAACCUGGGGUUCCGUCAUCACAAUUCUAACGCUCGCAAUCGGGCCAUUUACACAGCAGCUGAUCUCGUAUCCUUCGAGAUCCAUGAUCUCUGGAAGUACAACAUACUACACCAGUCAUAUAUAUGACGCGGCAUGGUGCAAGGGUCGAGGGCUUAGGGGCAGGAUAGGCGUGAUCGCUUCUACGAUAGGUCCGAAGAUGCAGGGUGCGAUACUCAACGGUUGGUUCAAUCUGAGCUCUCUGGUUCAGUUCACCUGCACUACUGGAAAUUGCCAGUGGGACGUUUUCCACCCUCACUAUCAAGAGCAGCUGCCAAGACGGUACGUCUGAUACCACUGUGCUAUGUGAAUAGAGUGGCAGUAGCAAAUAUUGCAGCUAUACUACCACCUGCUGGUUUCUUUAUUGCUGCUAGGUCCCAUGAGAGCUCGGGUUGGGGUCGUCCACAGAAUUCAACUCUACGGCCUUCAAGCCAAUCUCCUACGACUACUCACACGUAUCGGACCGGAGCGUACCCACCAUUAGUACCAUCGCUAGGAUUGCAAUGGCGAAUAUACAGGGCGAUUUCAGCAUGUCAACCCCGGAGAUCUUGGAGUGCAACAUACGCCUAUGCGCUCGGGUCACCCGCAAUCUGACUGUUACGAAUGG